AAGGAGCUUAGUCGAUUGGCGACUCACAAGCAGCCGAUUAGUACUGGUUUUGGUCUGACCCGUGAUACACCUCGGAUUGAGUGCGGACUUGUCACGAGAAACCGACGCGAAUAGCGAGUGGGAUUUAUCGCAUUGCUCAACAAAGGGCGAGCUCUCUGACCGAAGCGCGCUAAUCGGUAAGAACCAUCGGAGCAAAAUAGGAAAAUCCCCGGCUUGCACUGAUCCGUGAUAGAGAGAAGAGAGAAGAGGGAUCGAAAGAAGAAUAGCCAGAAAGUAAUUUCGAGAUUGAUUGGCGAAGAGUUGUAUGCUGAUACCACAAAUAAACAUGAUGUUCAUCGGGACGCUCGUCCUUUUCCUCGCUCUAUCAACAAUCGAUGCACAGAUAAGGUGCUCGAAUGGAAGUGCUGAUUGCAUUAACAUUCGCAAUUGUCCAGAGAUUAUAACAAUUCUGAGAGGUCCAAGACCACUUUCGGCAGAGGCGUUGCGAACUCUUAGAAACUCACAAUGUGGCUUUGAGGGCAUUUACCCAAAGGUUUGUUGCAACCAGGCAACAACAACGACGACGACAGCCCCAGACACUGAUCCAAGUCCACCAGAUGUAACAAAUCACCCGAAACUACGUCUAUUGAAUCAUGUAGCGUGCGGGCCUAUCAACCAGCAGAAGGUGGUCGGCGGCAGCAAAACUGGAAUUUUCCAGUAUCCAUGGAUGGCGUUAAUCGAAUACGACACCGGAAGACCGAAUCCGGAAUUUCUUUGCGGCGGCACGAUCAUCUCCUCGCGUUAUAUCCUCACCGCUGCUCAUUGCGUCAUGUCACUUCCAGCGGGUCGCAGAUUAAUAGGCGUCAGAAUAGGAGAUCACGAUAUAAGCAAGGAACGUGAUUGCGAGAGAGAUAACAAUGGGCAAGAGGUUUUUUGUGCCGAGCAGUCGGAGCAGUAUCAGAAUUUCGGCGUGGAUAGCGUCCACUUCCAUCCGGAUUACACGAGAACGAACCUGCACAAUGACAUCGCGCUUAUCAGAUUGAACGAUUCCGUAAACUUCACGCCUAGGAAUGCCAAGCCCAUUUGUCUGCCCUUUGGUACUGCGGCGAUACUAAAUAAUAAAAAGGCUGUAGUGACCGGCUGGGGCGUGACGGAAUUGGGUCUGCGCAGUCAGGACCUCCUGCAGGCGAAGUUGCCGCUGAUGAACAAUGACCAGUGUAAAGAAAUAUACAAACGGACCACACAGAUUUGGUACAAGCAGUUGUGUGCCGGCGGCCAAAUGAACGUGGACUCCUGCUUCGGCGACAGCGGUGGACCUCUUCAAGCGGGUGGUAUAUACAACGGCAGGUCAGUUCGCAUCAUCCAACACGGCGUAGUCAGCUUCGGACUGGACAGACAGUGCGGCACCGAGGGCUUCCCCGGAGUCUACACCAAAGUCGCUUACUACAUGGACUGGAUCCUUAACACGAUGACAGAUUAAAGUGCGACUGAAACGUUGCGGAACGCAAGUUUUUCACAAUACUUCUAAUCUACGUGUUUGAGAUAUACUGAUGCAAACGCGGUAAUCGAUCGCGAGAUGAGAAUGAGAACAUAAAUUUCACGAGGCAUUCGAGAGACAAAUAAAAUUGAAAUUCGAAAUAUUGGCAGAACAAGUAAAAUUGCAGCGGCAGAAAAUGAUUAUAUUUGCAAUUUUUGUGGAAAUAGGUGAUUUAGGCGUCUAGAAAAGUGGGUCCAUAAGUGAAUACCGUUGGUGCGUGUUAUUAAUAAAAUAAUUAUUGUUGACUUUAAA